UUCACCUGUGUCUUUUUCGCAUACCGCUCAGGUGGAGAAAUUGGCCAGUUCGAUGAUACUGGCUGAUCCAAGUGGUCGUUGCACCGCGUUGCAAUGGCAAUCACAUCGUUCAACUUGGUUACCAAGGCACCCAGAUGGGGCAUCCGUCACCUGCAGGUGUUGUUUCUCUUCACCGCCGGCACUCUGAUAGUGGCCCAGCGCAUGAACAUGAGUGUGGCCAUUGUGGCACUAACGAACGCCAACAGCAGCAAUCCCAGCUAUCCGGAAUAUUAUCUGACCGAAAAGGAGAAGUCCUACACUCUGAGCAGCCCCUUUUGGGGCUCCUGCUUAACGCAACUGAUGAGUGGCUAUCUAUCCAGUCGCUUUGGAGCAAAGCUGCUUCUACUAGUCAUCAUGGUGGUCACCUCUUUGAUCAGCAUUGCCACGCCCAUGGUGCUGGCCUGGGGCGGCUGGCAGCUGUUGUUCGGAGUGCGUUUUGUUCAGGGUCUAGUCAUGGGCGGCAUGUGGCCCUGCCUGUACACCCACCUGGCCAAAUGGUGUCCGAAGCGAGAGGCAAACCGCCUGGGUGGCGUAAUGGCAACGGGUCUGGAUGUUGGCACCAUUUUGGGCUUCGCCAUGAGCGGAAUUCUGGCUGCUUCGCCUCUGGGCUGGCCCAGUUCGUUCUACAUACCAGGCUACUUCGGCAUUGUGUGGAGCCUCUUUUGGAUUCGAUAUGGAGCCAACACCCCUUCGGAAUCUAAAUUUAUAUCUCUAGCGGAGCGAAAGCACAUAGAACUGGCCUUGGAGAAAGCCCAGGGCAACAAAGGUGGUGACAGUCCACCAGUGCCUUGGCUUCAAAUCCUCACUUCACCUCCUUUCAUUGUCCUGGCGCUCUGCAAAAUGAGCCAGGCCUGCAGCUUCUACACUCUAAUGCAGCAGAUUCCCCGCUACAUCCACGGAAUAUUUCGCUACAGUAUCGCUGUGAAUGCUCUGUUUUCUGCCCUGCCCUUCGUGGUGAUGCUGAUGUCGUCCUAUGGGUUCAUAUUUUUGACUGAGUAUCUGACCCGAAACAAGGAGAUAUCCUUGCCCAUUCUCCGGAAGACAAUCAACUCAUUUGCCUCCUGGAUUCCGGCCGUGGCCCUAGUGACUCUCUCCUAUGUCAGCGAGAAAAAUGUUGUGGGCAGCAUGUGUUGCAUGGUGGCAGCUGUGGCUGCAAUAUCGGGACAGGCAAUUGGCAGUUCCCUCAACCACGUCGACUUGUCGCCCAACUUCGCAGGACUCUUGUUUGGGAUCAGCAACACACUGAUGUCGGCGGCUGGAGUGGUGUCUCCAAUAGUCAUAGGCCUGACUGUGACGAAUGAGUCGGAUCGGUCACAGUGGCGAGUUGUGUUCCUUGGCAUCUCCGUGAUCCUUUUUGUGGGCAACCUGAUGUAUGUGAUCUUCGGGCAAAUGACUGUGCAGGCUUGGAAUGGAUCCAAGCCACCAGCAGAAACUACACCCCAAACCGAAAGCCCGCCCGAGGAAGAGGUGCCGGUGGAAAAGUUUAACUAUUUCUAA